UGGGUCAUGUGAUACGUGGGUGAGGUGUCAUGUGAGUCCCCCCUGACUUGGAUUGGCUGCAUAUAUGAGCCAAGUGUUGCGUAGUCCCUAGUCAGUGCUGGUACUGGUAGUCUGUCAGAAGAAGCAAACGUACAGUGCUAUUCAGAUCAGUGCAAUUCAAACUACAAAGAUGCAGUACACAGUGAUGAUAAUGUGUGCCUUCGCAGCAACAGUGGCAGCCAUGCCCCAGUAUGUGGAGUGGUUUGAGAUGAAGCCAGCGAUGACUGUGUCAGAGGCUAGACUCUCGUUUGCUCCUUACACAGAAGAAUGGGACUCCUUCAAGAAACAACAUAACCGAAAUUAUGAGGAAGUGGAGGAGCCGGCACGCUUUGAAAUCUUCAAGCAGAAUCUUAAGUACAUUGAGCAGCACAACCAAAAGUACUCCCAAGGCCAAAAAUCCUACUACCUGGGAAUAAACCAGUUUGCUGAUAUGAAAAAUAAAGAAUUCCGGAUGUACAAUGGCCUUCGAAGGGACUACAAUCGUUCCCGUGCUGUAGAGUGUUCCAAGCAUCUGACCCCUGAAUACCUUGCUGUACCCUCCCAAGUUGACUGGAGGGACAAGGGGUAUGUGACCCCUGUCAAGAACCAGGGACAGUGUGGGUCUUGCUGGUCCUUCAGCACGACUGGUUCGCUGGAGGGUCAGCAUUACCGUGCAUCUCACAAGUUAGUCUCCUUGAGUGAGCAGCAGUUGGUCGACUGUUCUGGCAAGUUUGGUAAUGAGGGCUGCAAUGGGGGUCUCAUGGACCAGGCCUUUGAAUAUGUCAUCACCAAUGGAGGUAUUGAGUCAGAGAAUGAAUACCCUUAUGAUGCUAAGCAAGAGAGAUGCCACUUCAAGAAGUCUGAGAUUGCAGCUACUGCCAGUGGUUGUGUUGAUGUGGAGAGUGGAAGUGAGUCGGACCUGAAGAGCUCUGUUGCAGAAGUAGGACCAGUCUCUAUUGCCAUAGAUGCCAGUCACCAGUCAUUCCAGCUCUACAGUGGAGGCGUCUAUGAUGAACCUGAGUGCAGCAGCACAGAGCUAGAUCAUGGAGUGUUAGUUGCUGGUUAUGGCACUGAUGAUGGAAAGGACUACUGGCUGGUGAAAAACAGCUGGGGCACUACCUGGGGUGUGGAGGGAUAUGUAAAGAUGAGCCGCAAUCAAAACAACCAGUGCGGUGUUGCUACGCAAGCUAGCUAUCCACUGGUGUAAUCUCAGGAAACAACAACUCUGCUCCAGCCUUCUGUGAUCAUUCCAUCGGUGUAGCUGCAACCUGUAGCAUGUACAUACAUGUGUAAAUACUGUAGUAAAAGAUUCUGUCAGCAGUGUACUAUCAACAUGGCUGAGUUUUGUUUUCUUUGUGAUGAAAAUUUAAAAAAACAAAAAACAAUUAUCUUAAGAUGUGAAAAUAAUUGACCAAUUUAAUUAAUGUCAAGUUGCUCUGAAAAUCUUUAUAUGCAUGUUUCUAUUUUUUCGUGUACGUUUAAUGAUUUAUGUGAGUUCUAUAUUUGUCAGUGGGUAGUGAUUGGUACAUACAUACAUACAUACAUACAGGGGAAACCUAUUUACACAUGAAGCAUGUAGAUCUUGUCCAUCAACUUGGCUACUUUUAUCAUUUUAUUAUACAGUUUCAUUGAAAAUAUUUUAGAGUGAUUGUAAAAUUUAAAUGAGUUGUAUGUAAUGUUUUUAAUAAAGAUAUUUUGAUACUA